AUGGGCCAGGAGGAUGACGUUAAUGCCUCUAUCGCACAUAUUGUGCUGUGUUGCGUGGCCGGUCAAGGAUUGGGUCACACGCAUGGCAAGAGUUUCACACAUCCGGGCAUGCACGCCAACUUCUUCGUACAUGGAGUACUCGGAUUUCUCCAUUACCAAAGCGGGAAGUUUAACAACGAUUUCACUGCAGCCUACACGAUUAGCACAGCCGCGACUCGUUAUUUAGCCUUACCGUGUCUGAUGGCUGAUUUGUAUAGAGGGGAUCAAAGUUUGAGCAGCAUCCAUCUUGUCUCUGGUUUGAUCCCAUUCGUAAUGGCGCUAGCUGGCAAUGACAACAAACAUUUGGGGAACAUUGUUAUUGCUUGCAAUCUUGUUUCCUUGUGUGUAUACUCGCACGAACAUGAUCAUAUUUGGGGCUAUUAUACGGCUGGCGCGGGUGUUUUAGCCUAUUUCUGUACCACCCAGGUCGCCACGAAAAUUACGUACCCGCUGUUUCUUGCGCUUAUGGAAUACUGCGCUUACAGGCUAUUUCAUACACAUUUUAGUUCUGCGUGA